AGGCAGGUGUCUUUGCUGUGCGAGCAGUGGUUAGUCGUCCUCGCUUUGUGCAGAGCUUAUCGUGUUCCCUAAAUCAUCCCCGGCACAAAAAUGAGGAACGCCAUCCUCAAGCGUUUCGUCCAAGGUGCAUUCAAUUCAUCAUCAAGGUUGAGAUCGAGACCCGCCAUUUCAUCUGCAACUACUUCACCAAUCGCCCUCUCGUACAGACAAUAUGCUGCUUCUGCAUCAUUGGCUCAGGAGGAGGCAGAAACAGUUACAUUUCCUAGGGAAGGCCCAGGUGUCUCUUAUGGUCUUAAUUGGGCUCUUGCAGGGAGAGGUGUAAUUGUAAAGGAUAAAGCUUUUCACAACUUGAAGCCUUCUGAGCUACAACAGAAAGGUGCAACCACUUCAGAGACUUUGUCUGGUCUUCCUGUUCAUGUAAGAGGUAAUGCGGUUGGAGGGGCUUCUGAAAUUUCCAACGCACAAUUUAGUAAACUCUUGAAACAGGUUACAACUCACAUUUCAUCCAUAUCAAAUGUCUUUGUUCAAGAUGGAGCUGUUGGGUCUUCAUCAAAAUAUGAUGCAAAAGUCCGUGUUAUAAGUGACAGUCCAUCUGCUGUAUUAUCACUUUCCAGUGUCCUAUUUAGGACUCCUAGUCGUGCAAUUUCUCAUGAUUCUUGCCCUCUGACUGUUUACGUUGCUACAUCAUUAAGUCCAACCGCUGCUGAUACUAUUGGUCUUGGGUCUCAAGCAAAUGGUGGUUUUAUAGCUGCUGAUAUUGAGCGCUCAUCACUCAUUCUUUGUGGUAAAGCCUUUUCUGAUAUCAAGGGAAUCAAAGAUGCACUUGCUGCCUUGGCUGGACCUGUUAUAUCUGCUAGAGGAGGCCUGCCUUUAUCUGCUAGGCUAUUGGUGUCUGGUGAGUCUGUGAUUCUUCUUUUUGCUCCAGAGGAUGAUCUUCAGAGCUGCUCGGAUCUGCUAGUUUCUGCAGAUGCAGGUGUAAUUCUGUCCUCUCAGGGUGUUGCACCACUCUUUCAAACUGGAGACUCUGGAUCCCCCAAUCUAUUCAAGUUGCCAGCUGCUGUGGUACUUGCAUCUGUUGAUAGCUCUGGCACCAUUCCUUCUUUGUCGAAGCUCUCCCCUGGUCAGGCAGCUUAUCACUUCCUUGCUGGCUAUCAGAAUGGGAAGUUUGUACCUGUUUAUAGCAAGGGUCCCUCAGCUAUUGAUCCUCUGGAACUUGCAAAGGCCCUCUUAUCUAAGAUGAAUGAGAAGCAGCUUCCAUCUUUCCUAAUUAACCUCAGUGAAGGAGAAAAGAAAGUGACAGGCAAGGAGCUGAUUAAGCUGGCAGAAUCCACACUGUCCAAGACUAUAUCUCCUUUUGAACCUAAAGCUGGGGAUCUCCAAUCAAAGUACAAGAGCUUUAUUUCUGGUAAGUUCCAAGAGCUUCCAGAGGAGUUCUUAUUCUGAAACCAUUCAGCAUUGUAUCUUAUUGUUUCUUGAUGAUAAAAAUGUGCACAUUUUAUCUAAUUAUAGAUUGACUUGCAUUUGUGAGAAUUUUGUAGCCUCACAUUUUUUUUUUUGGGGAAAAGAUAAAUGAAGUACCUGAAGAAAAGUAUGAAUAAAAUUAACAGUUAUAUUUCCC